AUGCAGCCGCAGACCUGGUCGUUGCUCACGAAUAUCAGCGUGAAGGUUGGUGUAUAUCAUGGCGACCUUUCCGCACGCAGCAGACACCUCCAUCACUUCUGUCUGAAGAUCAACUCUAUCAAAGACGCCGCACACGGCGCACACGAUGCUGAUGUCUAUAAACGAGCUCAAUCCCACGUCGACGGCCUGCUUGCGCUUCAUCGCAAGCGUCCGGAUCUUCUGACGUCCUUCAUCCGACUCAAUCCCCUAGUCAACAAGAGCUGUCCUAUUGCGCUGCUUGCCACUCUAAGCCUCCGCAUGUUUGCCUGCCUGCCAAAUAUGUCCCAACUCUGGACGCUCGACGACAGCAUCUGGACCUACGUCUUCCUCUGGAUAGAGUACUUCCUCCCGAUCAAUCAUCCUUACGAGGAAAAGGCUAUCGCCACCCUGUUGGACAAAGAUUACAAUGUUCUUUCCUCGAUCCUCGCCUUGAUCUCCACCGCCUUCAGCCUCUUCCGCAGCCCACGUCCCCCUAUCCGAAACAUCAUGCUCGAGAGAGAGUACUUCGCGCCAAGGACCUUCAUCAAAAUCUGGCUCAAUGGGCCCUUGUUGAUGAACGGCGCUGAGAUAGAUCGCGGUAUGAUGAUGUUUUACGGGCUCGACUUCAUGCACGAAUACAUCGUGCGCCACGACGAUAGCGCCGUCCGCGCAUUGCUCAUCGAAGAAAUUCUCAAGAUCACCAAAUCCCGCCCCGGUCGCGUUUUCGGAAAGAGCUGGCUGGCCUGGCACCACAGGUGCCUCGAUCUAUUCCACCCUCUUAGCGACGAGAGACACUGGGACAAGCAACUUGAGUUGGGAAGCGCACUCGCCGAUGUACCCGCACUGGGUGCAAGCGAUUGCCCUCGGGAGAUGAUACGCUGCUUAAUAAGCAACAUAAAGUGGGCCAUCUCGGACGAGCGCUUGAAGACCGCUGUCGGCAACUACAAGCUGAUGCACAAGCUCUUCGUGUUGUCGAAAGACGACAGGCUUAUACGGACCGCGAUUAGGUACGAUCUGCUGUCGCUACCUAGCAAUCUGCGGGCCGCUUCACAAGAGCACGCCGUCGACACCAACGCCGUACUCGACAUUAUGGGAGGAUCGCUCGUCUCGCCGCGAGCCUUACGCGAGUUCCAUCGCUCGUAUUCGCGGAUACAAGGCUUGGUUCCUAGGCCACAAUUAGGCAGGAAGGAGAUGGACCUGGUUGCAUUGUGCGCCAAGCGACUGUCCCUAGUGAACCGCAGGAAGUGGGCGCUACAACAGAAGUGCUGUAGGAACCGUUGCUCGAACAGGCUUUCGACGUAUAACACCGCCAAGCUCCGCGCUUGUCUAUGCGGAGAAGCGCUGUACUGCUCCUCAGGAUGCCAGCGAGCGCACUGGGUAGAGGGCAAGCAUCGUCAAGUCUGCCCGUAUAAAGCCAAUCCAGCAGAUAUCCUCCCGGCGAAACAAUACGCGUUUCUCGUAUCCAUCGCGCACGCCAGCUUGGUGCAGGGCUUUUCGGAUAUCCAGUCGAAGUUACUGCGUCACGAAGACUCAUUUCGUGCGGCGAUACCGCUAGAUUUGGAUCUGACGCGAGGCGAACCUCGGGGGCCGCCAAUGCACACGGUCUACCAACUUCUUCCCCGCCUGGACGGUGGAACCAUUCUCGGUGCCGUUUUGGCCGCUCUCGUGUCAAUGCUUCAUGACGGGUUCGGAAUAAAGUCGGUCUGGUACCCUUAG